UUCUUCCUCACUUCACUUCAUCGUCUCUUAGCUCAAAAUCUCAAAUUAAACAAACCUCCUUCAAUUAAUUGGAACAUCCUUAUCCGAUUAUUACUCGAAUCGAAUCGAAUCGAAACUGUUUCAAUGGUGAAACCCAAAAGACAAACCGCAGAGAUUAUAAACGAACCCGAUUCGUCGCUUUCCUGCAAAUACAGGGGUGUUCGGAAGAGGAAAUGGGGGAAGUGGGUGUCGGAAGUGAGAUUGCCCAACAGCCGGGAGAGAAUCUGGCUGGGAUCCUUCGAUUCGCCGGAGAAGGCGGCGCGUGCCUUCGACGCGGCCCUUUUUUGCCUGCGCGGCGAGUCGGCUAAUUUUAAUUUCCCCGAUAAUCCGCCGGAUAUCGUCAACGGUAGGUCCCUCACCCGCGAACAGAUUCAGAUCGCGGCUGUCCGGUUUGCUAACUCGGCUGCCCCGAUUACAAAUUCGGGUUCGGGUCGGCCCGAGAAUUCGAAUUCUUCGUCGUUGUUAAAUGCGGAUGCACCCUCGCCGGCGUCGCCGUCGGACGGGAGCGGCUCGGUCCAAACGUGCAGUGAAAUGACCGAAACGUCCCUGGACAGCGACUUUCUAGACCUUUGCAAUAUAGGCAUGGAGGACAAUGUGGCGAACUUUGGGAUUUUCCCAGGAUUUGAUGAUUUUUCCGGCGAAUAUUAUUAUGUUUCACCGGAUAUCGACGAUGUUGCAGAGAAUUACGACGGAUUUUCUUCACAAGAUUCUUUUCUUUGGAGUUUUUAAGGAUAUAAGAUUCUUUGUUUCCAAAAAAAAAAGGAUAAGAUUUGUUUGGACAUGGGCAUAGAAUUCUGGGAAAUUUUUCACUGCUGGAAUUCAUGGCUUUUUGAUCCAUAUUAGGAGGCAAAAAACUAUUUAGGCUUGUAUAAUAAUCAGCCUUAACAUAAUUUACAAUGUUUAUUAGCUUUUCAUAUAUAGUGAUUUGAAUGCAUUACAGGAAUGUUUAGAAAAGAGACAUUUUUUCUAUAAUUGAGUUCAUAUUUUCUAUUUUGGUA